UAAUGAUUAACCUCAGUGUGAGUGUGGUGUUGUUGUAGGUACAACGUGCGAUACGCGUUUAGUGAUUGUUUGCGCGUUGCUUUGCAAUGAGAUCAAAACAGACAUAGUUUCAUUAAUACCUAUUGUACUUGUUCGGUGCUUAAAUUAAUUCACUGUACCCAUUUUUAAAAUAUUUGAACCAUGACUCCAAGUAACGAGGACGGGCUCGAGCCCCCGCACAUCGUGGUCCUGGACGGCGGCUUCUCCACGCAGCUAUCUUGUCACGUAGGCCACGUCAUUGACGGCGACCCUCUUUGGAGCGCCCGCUUCUUACACACUCACCCCAAUGAGGUCGUGAAUACUCAUCUCGACUUCCUUAGAGCGGGUGCCCAUCUUAUCAUCACAAACACCUAUCAAGCAUCGGUAGGCGGGUUCGUGGAGCACCUGGAUAUGACUCCCGAGCAAAGUUAUGAUCUCAUCAUGCGCGCAGUGGACCUGGCCAAACAAGCGAGAACGUUAUACCUAGAAGAAUUUCAGGAUUAUAUACAAAAUGAUCUCAUCCCACUGGUGGUGGGAUCAGUGGGACCGUAUGGUGCUCAUCUGCACGACGGGUCAGAAUACGAUGGCAGCUACGCGGAUACCACAUCUGUUCAGACUAUGCGCGAAUGGCACCGACCACGGAUUCAGGCCCUAGUAGAAGCUGGAGUAGAUUUAUUAGCGUUGGAGACGAUACCUUGUCAAGAGGAAGCAGAGAUGCUAUGCGACUUAUUACGGGAGUUCCCUAAUAUAAAGGCUUGGCUGUCAUUUAGUUGUAAGGAUAACCAAAGUAUAGCACACGGCGAGAGUUUUCAAAAAGUGGCAAAAAAAUGUUGGGAAGCAAAUCCGGAUCAACUCGUGGCUGUGGGAGUGAACUGCUGCGCGCCGUCCUCUGUGUCGAACCUGAUACAAGGGAUCAACGACGACCGACCACACGCCCCUAUUCCCCUGAUCGUUUAUCCCGGCUCGGGCGAAAAGUACAACCCUCAGAUUGGGUGGAUAGACCGUGACAAAUGCGAGCCGGUGGAAGUAUUCAUCCAAGAGUGGCUGGACCUCGGCGUGCGGUACGUGGGCGGGUGUUGUCGCACGUACGCGGCCGACGUGUCGCGGAUACGCAACCAGGUGCACUGCUGGCGCGACCGCUGGCGCUUCCAGCACAGAUACCAGGCGGAUACGACCCCACAGAAUGUUAAUUAACAAUGACCGUUGUGUGCACUGUGCAGACGCUGGCCACCACAGAAAAAUCUAUGCGUGAACUGUUUGUCGAUUUGUCUCAGUCUUAAGGCUAUAAGCCUAAUCAGAACACAUGACGGCAGCGCACUGCGAUGGUAAGCCCCGGUAUCCGCCUAACCGGAGAGGAGAUGUGUUCAGUCAACCAAUCAGGUUCAUAAUAGAUGACGGGAAAAAAUUAUCACGUCAUCUUUUUAAAAUCUGAUUGAUUAACUGUACACAUCUCCUCUCCGCUCCGCUUAGGUGGAUACCGGGCCUUAGUGUGCUUACAGACGAGCGGCACUUUGUCGACACCUGCCUUCGUCGCGUGUCAGCGGCUGCCGUUGACUAAGGUGUCCAACGCGGCUUCGUAAAGCUUUUAGGUUUUAAACGUAUGAAGAACUGUAUAAAGAUUUCACUCCAGAGAGCGCAAUGUGGCAUACACUCCUACAGUACGCUUCUGAUCACGCGUUGCCAUUUGAUUUGCUUCCAAUGACUUCUAUGUAUUUAUUGUUCGCUUCAUAUAGUUAUUUGGAAAAAGGACAUUACAAAUCGUACACACGUACGCGCGCGUUGAGUGUGACGCUCUGCCGUGUAGUUCCGUCGUGUGUCGUGUGCGUGACGUAAGUUCUCUAUGACGUAUUUUUACUGUGAAAUAUAUGAAUGCGGGGGUUUUUCGACACAACAAAAGCGGUUGCCUACGAAGUCCGUAAGAUUCGAUCAUAGGGGUGCUAGUCCACGAUAUUGACAAGGUUGCUAUAAAUACUGCAUAGCUUUGUAAGAGUACCCCGCUGACAAUAAGAGUGUCGGUAGGGUUUUUAUUUAAUGUAAUUACAAUUUUCUUUAGAAUGCAGGAUAUUAAUGAAAUAAACAGCAUACCCACCUAUACCAAGUGCAAUUAGGUAAAGCUAUUAGCUAUUGUUGCAACUGCUAUCUCUGCAACCAAAAAGUGUUUUAAUGUGCGCUCGGCCAAAGAUUUAUAUUAUAAAUAAAUAUAUUUUAAAUGAUUUAUAUUAUCUUAUCUAUUUUCUAUAUUUCUUUUAAAAACUAACAAUACUUAUAACUGUAAUAUGACAUAGUAAAUUUUUGUAAUGUAAAUGAACUGAUUAAUUGUAUAAUAUGUAUAGAAUUCUGAAUCUACUGAUGAAUAAAUCUGUACGAAUAAAAGUAUGAUAAAAAUUA